UAAGCGCGGCGCACGUGACCUUGUCAUUUUUCGGAUGCCACAUGAUGGAGAUGUGUACAGAUGUGAAGUGUAUUAACUUGGACUCUUGUUGAUAAUGUGUAGCUGUCUUUAAAACGUUAUGAUACACUAUACUUUCCUUAACCAGAUUUGAUGGAACGUAUUCAGCAAAUUGUCAAUCAACAAAAGUCACGCUGUUUGGAUGUGGAGUCUCCUCCAAGUAAUGGAUUAAAUUUAAAUGGAUUUAUAAAUGGUGAUCAUAAUGCUGUUGAGUCGUCGAAUACAUCGGUAAUACGGAAAGUUAUUGAAGGUACUGCACCGUCUGCCUAUCCGGGCUUUUGCCUUGUUACCGGAGAUCAAGAAAAUAUAUUGUCAAAUAAUAAUACAUGUGCACGAUCGUGUAAAUCUGACGCGAAAGCCCAGAGUUUAAGACACCUACAUGAUACAUGUCCAAAGAAUCCAUGCGUCAGACAUGUCUCUGCGAAAAUCGACCCUUCACGACAAGACAGUGCGAAAAGAGAUCUACUUCUAAAUAAUGCACAUUCUCGACGUCAAGGUCAAGAACUUAUACAAAAAUAUCUGGAUGCUGUUUCAUCUGAGAGUGUCGACAGGCAAGCGGAUGUAAAGAAACAAUGCGUACCGCCGGAUCCCACCAAGCACAUCGGAUUUGAAUGUUUCACUUCUAUGGAUAACCAGUUGACGGCAAAUCCUGAUCAAAACGAACCAAUUAAUAAUAACAAUAAUAAGAAUUUGAAUGCUAAUAAAAAUGAACGCUUAGUGUGUAGUAGUACUGCUGCACCCCUUAUGGCAUCGAAAUCUAAGAAGGGUAUUUUCCGUCCGCAUGUCACAAAGAGUGCAAUAACUAAAUGUACAGGUCCGCAAGCAGUUACCCAAGACUGCAGUAGUCAUGCUGCUAGCGGUGGUUGUUCCACGCCUAGAGCUCACCUCAAAGCCUUAGUUCAACUGCAAAGAGAAGCUAGAAGACUAGAACGUCAACGGCAGAUCGAGGCGCAAAAAGAGGAACAAGCACGAAUUCAACGGAAUUUGCAGGCGACUGCGCAAGCAGCAGCAGCAGCUGCAGCCAAAUUACCUAUCACGUCGAGUAGAAAAAUAGUUGAACCGGCAAAAGUUGUCACAGAAUCCACGACGUUACAACAGUUGAAGGCGUCUGUACCACCGUUGACCUCUUAUUCAUCAGAAAGAGAACAAAAGCUUGAACAGCUUUUAAGACGUGAAUUUUUCCCACAUGACCAUCAAACAGAUGAAUUGGAUCUUCCUAGUGAUGAUUUGGAUCGAGAUCCAAUACGCCUUAAUGGUCAGCAUAUUAUAACAGCUAGAAAAUCUGUUUGUAACUCAACGCGCACUUCAAUGCCAAAUCCUGUGCUUUCGCAUCAAUAUUGCAAAAAACGCAAUUCUAUGGUUAUUUUACACAAACCAGAUAGUGCUCCUAGAUCACCGAAAUACGGGAAACUCAACUCAGACAGUGCACCAAAGACCAACGGAUUUAAACCAGAGUUUGGUUCUUCUUAUUUAGUAGCUGCGGAACAGCAACACCAUCAUCAUGAUCAUCAUCACCACUACCAACAACAACAGCAACAAGAUGAUAGAAGGUGGCAUGAAAUGAAUUCUCAUUUCGGAACGGCGGUUACAUUGUCAUCUGCUGUAGAUAACCUCUUAGCAUCAGGUGAUCAUAGUUCACGUCUAUGUGGCAGUGAAUUGCCUAAAGCAGCUAUCUCCUGUCAACAAGACAUUGAAGUUCAAGUGUCUGCACCUGUUUCCUACACACAGGUGGAGGGUAAUGCAUUAUCAAGCUUGACAGGAAUACGUGAUCGUGUUACUCAUCAUUCUGGAGCAAGAAAAAGGUUAUCCUACCAUAAAGAACCCGGUGUUUCUUGUUCAAAUCGAUCACGAGCAGCGCUGUGUGAUCAUGCGACUGAAGCUGCUCGUUUAGACAUUAAGUUGAGUACACAACGUGUAAAGCAUAUGAUUGUUGACUCAGAUAAUGAUGAUGACGGUGAUACCUACUCGGGAGAUGAAGACUUUUGUCACAUCAAUAUUGAUAAUAAUAAUGAAAAUAGUUCACUAUCAUCAUCAUUAUCAUCAUCGUAUUAUGAAGUAAUUAAAAAACCAUCAUUCAACUCUUGGAGACGAUUAGAAGCUGUUGGGGCUAGUGAAUCUGAAUUGGAUGAAGAUAAUGUCUGUAUUGUUGAAGAUAUCAAGGAUGAUUUGAUUGCGGAGCCUCCUCGUACAAGUUUUCGAUAUGCUGCUGCUGCUGCUGAUCGUCAUCUUCAUACAGCUGGCGUCAACCACUUUGUGAAAAAUGAAUGCGCUAGAAAAGAAUUCUGGAAUCAUAUAUACGCUGAUCCUUUACGCUUUGUAUCGGUACACAAACGUCAACAAAAGCUGUUACAUAUAGAGAACAGAAGUCAUCAACAGUCGUCUUCUGGAUUUCAAACGAAUCAUUCGAAGAGGAGGACGAUGACAGGAAUUGGUUAUGCGAAAAAUGGUUCCAAGAUAACUUCACCUCCUGUGCAUGAUGUGAGGACUGCAGAUCACAAUGUUGCAUCAAAUACUUCUACGACUAUUAAUAGUCAAGUGGUGACUGUGGAGUGUACUGAAUCAAAAGAACACGGUAUAAAAUCACAUAAAAUCUAUUCCAUUAAAACUAAGGCGCAUGAGUUUAUCACAGAAGAAAAGGAAUCAAGCAGUCAGUCUGAUCCGCAUCGACAAAGUUCAGAGAGUAGUUCUUUAGCAAAGAAUUAUCAGAAAAAUGAUUUCUUCUCUAAUGGAGUUGUCAAUUCAUCAUCUCAGCCAAGACUACCUCCUGCUGCUCUCAAUCUUCAGUUAACUGCUGAAAUGAACUACCUGGAAACACUAGCUAGUUCAAUGCAACAUAUUGCUGAUAUGGAAUCACUGCGUCAUAUUACUGCUGCUCAAGCUGAAUGCGUCAGUUUAGCGCAAUUGUUAAAGGCUCGUGAGCUUCAAAUAUCAUCGAAAGCUAAUGAUCAGGUUUCAGAGAAGGAAACACAAGUAUCUGGGACAUUAUUAAUCAAUCCUGGGACAAACAAUCUCAUCUCUUCUGCACAUUCAUCUCAGUUCCAAGGUGUACUUAAAGCUGCUGAAGAGUUUGAUAAGAUUGAACGUCGUCUUAGUGUGAAAACUUCACAUUUGAAUUCUUUAUCCAGUAGUCGGUCUACCGCUGAAUCACCAUCUGUACGAACAAAUAUUUCAGAUCAAACAAGUGUACACAAAUCGUCAACGAUGAAUAAUGCAACAUUGUCGGAUGCUUCAUCUUAUGACGAUGAUGAGGACGGUGGUGAUAUGACAAAAUCUGAUACAACUAAACACGUAUCAUCAUCUAUGGAAAGUAGUAGUCAGAAGCGGAAUUCAAAUACUGAUGAUGUGAAAUCGACGCUAGCCAGUGUUAUAACUGCUUCAGAUUCCUCGCGAGAUUCAUACCGUCCCUCCACUGCUAGUGGUGUAGUUGCUGUAAAUGGGAGAUCAGCCACCACACCAAUGUCAUCCAAAGGCAUAACGUCUAGUAAUGCUGUUAAAAAGCACGAGUCUGGUCCUCAAGAAAUUGCACAAAUGGUGGAUUUCAGAAGAGAAGACAAUGGCUUCAUAAAAUGUAAUAAAAACGAUGAUGACGGUCUCUCUAAAAAGCUAAAUAAUAAUAAUAAUGAUGAAGGACACAGUAAACGGAGGAAAUCGAAACGAUCGAUGCAGCACAAUGAAAGACCACAUGCCAAACCAAUAAAUAUUCCUACUUUAAAUCUAUACUCAGCGUCAUUGGAUAAUUCAUGCCAACAGGAGAGAAGUGACGAAUUCAAUCAAGUGAAGUAUGUUUUGAAUAAGCGUGUAGCUGCUUUACAAUCUCGACGAAAGAAAGCUGAGGAACUGUUGGCUCUGUCGAAAAAUUUAGAACUGGAAGAAGCAGAAGUUGUUCGACUAGAACGUGAAGCUUUAAUUGCAAUUCAAAGUAAACGUUCAACUCUCAGCACAAAUCGAUACACAGAAUUCUCUCACGCCUCAUCGAACAACAGUAGCAAGUCAGGUAAAUGUUCAAAAUCAGCUCAAUGGUCAAAGACAAUCAGUGAUUCUAAGCAUAAUAAUAAUAAUAGUUAUAAUAGGAGACCGAGUACAACACAUUCUACAGUGAAACAAAGUACCAAUUAUAUACCUUAUACUGAUGAUGUGAAACUAUCAAAUGGCGCAAAGGAUGAACAGUUAUCUGAAGCAUUUCCUACUGCAUCAUUGGGGAAAAGUGUUUCUGUGUCAUUGGGAGGCGGCAGUCAAAUAAACGUGAAUACUACUUCUGACAGUUCAAGUGCACGAACAAUCUCUAGUGCAACAGAUAUUCAAUUCUGUAAAUCAGAUUCAGAUUCCUGUCGAUCUGCCGCCACUGCAGCUGCUUCACAUUCUACAAGGUUUAAUUCUCACCGUUCAGUGGUUGACAUGCAUCAAUCGAAGUCGACUCAACAAAAUGAAAUACCGUCAUCACUUCAUCUAAGCAUUGAAAUUGCUGACAUUGGUCGAGGAUCAAAAAGCACCGGGAAUAGUAUUUCUAAAGUUGAUAAUGCAGUUGAAACUACACCAACUUUACGACGUCUGUUGCCUUGUGAAAUUGGUUCUCCAUUAGAUCGUACUAUGACACCCAGUUCCCGGCAUUUACGUCAGCGUUCUAAUUCUCAUGAUUCUGGUCGUCGAAAGCGUGUUACUGUCCCGAAUUCAACUGAUUCCCUGGAUGAUGAAGGUCGUAUGUAUGUUAGUGGUGUUGGUGCAGAUGAUGAACCCUUCUCAACAAUGUCUGCUAAUUCACAUUCAGAUCUAAGUGAAUUAGAAUCACGAAUUCAAGCGUUGAAUUCUAAUUUAAAGAAACAAGAAAGUAUUCUUUCUCGUAUCAAUCUAGAGUAUAAACGUGUGCAUAAGGAUCGUUUAGCCAGACUGGAAUCCACACUGUUAAAACACAGACAGUUAUGCACAGAGAUUAUUGCAAAUAUCAAAGCUGAUUUAGACGUGUGUAAAGCAUCAAUUUGUAAUGAAUCUGGUGAUUAUUCACAUUCAAAAUCAAUAAAUAAUAAUUUAAUUAUUACUACAGCUGAUAAUUUGUCUGGCAUUUCACUAUCAAAAUCUGUGCAUAAUAAUCUAACACUAAAUGAUGAUGGUAAUUCCAAUGAAAAUAAUAUCUCAUGUUCCAUGCAAAUACUUGAUAAAAUUCCUGCAUCUGGUGGUAGUCAGACUAUCCCAGAUGAUGAUCAGUUGACCACGCCGACAGCUACGCCUACAACAACAACAACAACAAAAGAGGAAGAAACUGAACCGGAUACCUUAAUUUCAGUAGCUGAAGAGUUGGUUUCACCACAGGAUACUGAUGAUGAAUUGAAUCAACUGGAUCUAGAUGAUGAUGAUGAUGAUGACGGCGAUGUCUCUUCGCGUAACACACCUGUUGUGGCUGAGGCGUCUCCAUCAAAUAGUUCACUGGAUGAAAUUAAGGCGAUCUCACCUUUGCCAGAUGUAAAUGCUUCUUUGUCUAACAAGGAGAACAAAGAAAUAAUCGUCAACUGUGAAGUAUUGAAGCCACCAAGUUCUGUUUCACUGUCGAUUUCUCCGGCGCUGCCUCCCCCUCCUCAGUCUCCGCCUACUACUGAUAGAUUUUGUACAGAUAUUUCACACAAAACUACUGACGGUGAUCAUAACGAAGAAGAAGUAAAAAAUGAUAAUGUAUCAGUCAGGUAUCCAACUGAAUCUGUUCUAAUAUUUGAUCAUGUCAAAGUCGAUGAUGUUGAUGGUGAUGGCGCAUUUCAAGCUAAACAUGCCACAGCUACUAUUCAACAAACAACUGCUCAGGAUGCGUCUGCUUUAAUGCAAACACGCAACUUUUCUUCCACUAGUCAGAUAUGUUCAGAAAUUGUUAAAAAUGAUAAGAGUCCACCCGCCCUUGACACUGUUGCCCACAAUGCGCCUGAAUGUAUUGAAAUGUCAACUACAACCGCUCCGCUGACUCCAUCAGUCAAUGGAAUUAUUAAUGCUGAUAGUGAACAAAUCCCAGUAAUGUUAACAACUGUAAAUAAUCAUGAUGGCGAUUACAAGCGGAUGAAAGUAUCAUCAGAUGCACCACCAGUAGCAGCGUAUACACCUGAGGUGAAAACUACUAGCCUGCUUCAAAUUGCCUCUGAACAUCGACAAAGAGAAGAAGUGGUUGAUCGGAUUACCAGUGAAUUAUUAAUGCAGUUGGUCUCUGAAGCUAUACGUUCUACUCUGAAUGUUAGAAUGUCUAAUACUCAGACGAAAACUUCAGAUGAUUCAGAAAGUGAUAAAGAAAAUAACCUUGUGGAAGGCUCAUUUCCCCAACAGAAAUCUCCAGUAUUCAAUGAUGAUGGUGAUGAUGAGGAGGAGUCUUCAGACGAAGAAUCUAUUCCCCUACUAGACCUAGGCGUGAAGUUAUCUGAUGAAGAUUUUGAGGAGAAAAUAUCUAAGGCAGCAAAAUCUAAAAUCCACGUCACACCAGAACCUUCAUACAGCGAAGAAAGUGUUCAAGGGUUAUUUGCUGAUAUCCCGGAAAGAUCACAAGCCUUAAUCCAACUUGCAGUGAAACAUUUUUGGGAAUAUCGAUCCAAUGCAGAGGUUGGUUACAAAGAGGCUAGUCUGACAGAGGCUUUGAAUAAUCCUCCGGCAGAGUUUGGAUUUGAUUACUGUGAUAAAAUAGAUCUUGAAAUAUUUAAAACUAAAUCUAAUAUUAGAUUUAUUAGUUCUACUCUACUAUUCGAUUUGAUUGGUGAACUCUUGCAAAAAAUCUAUGCUGGUGAAGACAAUGAGGUCAAUGAACAACAACAGAAACAACACAUGGUGAAUCAUUUCCAGGCAAAGUCUACACAUCGUGUUUCAAGUGCACAAUUUCGACUUUGGCGUGGACCUUGUCGGCCAACAAAUUAUAAUCAUCUAUUAAACAUUGUUACCUCGGAGAUUUGUCGGGAGUUAAACUUGAAAACAGAUGGUAGUAGUAUGCUCAAUACAAUACAUCAACAACAGCAACAACAACAAGAAGGGAAUAAAUCAAAGCGACGACUAAAUGAAAUCCCUUCAUCGCUAGCAUCAACAUUGUCAUCAUCGUCUCGUUUCUCUCGUCUAGUCCAAUGGACACUAAGCAAAAAAUCAUGGCUUGACCGUAUCUUAGACAUAGAGCUACGUUUAGAUGAGCCUACCUGGCUAUCUUAUGUACCGGAGGAACGUGAAAUUAAAAUGAAACUAGCUGAUGAAUUAUGGCAAGAUGUACUCAAUGAUGCUGUCUGCUCAGUGAUUGCUUUAAAUUCAUGUAAAUCAUAAAAAAGAAAUCAAAUUACUGCAUCUCUAACCUGUGCCUUAUUCUUCUUUUUAUUAUUAUUCGACUAGAUCAGAUCAUCAUCACUUCUCUGUGUCUCUCGAAUAUCUAACCUAACUAACUACCUGUGAUAUUACAUUUAUCUGUACAUACUCUGUUUGCUCAGAAUGAUGAACUGCGGGCGGGCGGCCGUUAGGGCCGUCUUUGUGGUGAUGUUGAUGUUGGUCGGUAAACGGCUUUUAACGAUCUCAUUUUAUUAAAUUGCCUUAUGUAGGGAUGUCUGUUGCUCUGUGUGCAUGUGUGCGUGUGUGAAUACAGUUCAGAGUAAACUUUUUCAUAUUUUUAGCUUUCAAAUUUUAGUUGUUUUUUUAUUACAAAAAUGUUUAUUCCGCCUUUUUUUCUCUCUCAUUUUCUACCUCCAGGAUGGAAAUUUGUGUGUGUUUGUGGGGGAGUUUGUUUCUUUGGAAUUGUUCUAUUUACGUUUAUUAUUAUUUUUUUGUUUCUAUCAUUGUUUUUCUUCAAUAUUUAAAACAAUGAUUUUUUUUGGGAGGGGGGCGCAUUGUUUAAACACAAGGAUAAUUUAAUGUACUACUACUACUCUGGGAGGUAGGUAGGUAGGUUGGGUGGGUACUACUGCUCUACAACACUUUUGUGUAUCUCACAGCGUUGUGUGUAUGUCUCCUUGUUCCAGUGAGUCACUUGAACAUUAGUUUGUUAAAUAUUUUUAUUUAUUUAUUUAUUUGUUUAUACUACUCAUAUGAGCUGAUUAGUUUAUUUAAAAAACAUUUUUUUAUCAUUAUUUUGUUUUGUGUGGUGCUGUGCAUUUGCUUUAGUGUCUUCCUCUCUGUAUUAUAAAUAAUGUAUAAUACUGGUGCAUUCUUCCAUUUUUCAGAUUUUCUUUUUUUUUUCCAGAAAGGGUUGUUACAACAUAGACCUCUUUGUCUCCCUCUCUCUCUCUCUCUAUGUGUUUGUAUGUGUGUAUGUGUGUGUCUGUGUCGUCAGUUCUUUACGCACAACUUACUUAUGUAUAUUUUAUGUGUUCUGGUUCUACUUACUACACCUGUAUUUGUGUAUAGAAACAAAAAUAAAUAAAUAAAUGCGAAUAUGUAUCCUUAUUGUAUUAUUAUUAUUGUGCUAUGUGGUUUUAUUCCUUAAGAUACACUGCAAAAUAUACAAUUAGUAGUGAUAAUUUCAUUGUUUACACUAAUAUAUACAUAUACAU